AUGGCCGGCGUUCCCAAAGCUCAAGGUUGCGACGCGUGCCGCAAGCAGAAGAAAAAGUGCGAUCAGGCUAAACCCGCUUGUGCGCGAUGCACACGUCUCAAGCUCCAAUGCACAGGCAUCGGUGUAAAGCGCUUCCUCUUCAAGUCUGAAAACACCCAAGCUGCCAAGAAACACACCAAAGCAGUAGCUGGACCUUCUUCUGCGCUGAGUAAUGACAAGACAUUGGUGGCGGGUAACUUGGUGCAUAUUCUUGAGUACGAUAACCCAGGCUAUGACAUUUCAACGUAUGGCUGGUUCGUCAAAGACUUGCCGCGUCACGUGGGGUCGAGUAAACCGCUCGAUGCAGCUAUCGCGGCGUUUGUAACGGGUUUUGGGCCGUUGAAAGAUAGGAGUGCUUCAAAAGUUGAUGCCUUGGAUAAAUAUGUUUUUGCGUUGAGGGUGUUGAGGGAGUCGAUGCAGGAUCCUAAGCAGGCGUUUUCGGCGGAUAAUAUGUGCUCGAUCUACUUGAUAUCGAUCUGCCAGGAAUGGCUUGGUAGUGGCAGUAGUGGCGUCACUGGUGCUGGCAGUGCCAAUUCGAAGCACCAUGAAGUGCUCGCAUACUUGCUUCAGAAUGCCAUCCUCAAGUCCCAGUUUGACCCCUCCGAUAAGCCGCUCAUGCAAACCAUAUUCUCCAUUGUGGUCCUUGAGAGUUUCACCAACCCCAACAUUCAACUGGGUCCUUGGUUCUGGCAAGCUCUCUCAGUUCUAGGCGAUGCAGCACGCCCUCUCAAAUCAGGAGACGGCACAUCCUUCGCAAGCCUCAAUAUCGGAACGAUGGGCGAAAUGUCCUGCUUCAUCCGCGAUCCUGAUCGAUACCUCUACCAAAUCCAGUGCACAUAUGCUCUUAUCCAGACAGAACAUCCGAGGCUUAUCAGAGCAGCUGAAGAAGCAGUCGCUAAAGCAAAAGCGUCUGGAUCAACGUUUCUUCAGAGAAGAAUGGGGAUGCGUUUCCAUACGGCGAUCGCAGUGAUACUGUCGAUGGCUGCUAUACUGAACCGCAUUAUACGGUCCUAUGAUGGCGACCCUGUUCUCAUAGCAGAUGCUAAGCGCUAUGUUGAUGAGAGUAUUAUACUAGGCAGAGCUGCUAGUUAUAAUCGCCCAAUUGCAGCUUCUGCGGUGGCUUCGCCUCUCGCACUGUCGUUAGCUGCCUUGGAAGAUUACAGACGCGAAGAAGUUGAGGAGCUGCUCGUGGAGUAUCAGACUGAUUUCCCGGGCUUGAAUUACUUUUCUGAUGUGAAAAUGGUCAGGAGGGGGUUCGGUGAUAUUGAUAAGAACAAUCAGAGAAAAGUAAGGUUGCUAUUAUCAAGUGAAGAAGAACUUGAUAGUGGUUCCAGUGAUAAUGACAUAGAUACCGAGAUUGGUCCGGGGUGUACAAUAUUGUAA